GGUCACACAAUUCAGGAAUUUAAACAGUGACUCGUUACCAAGUCACUUUAUUUUGAUAUAUUAUAAACAGCACUAUUAUAUUGACAAAGUCGGACUCACCAAGGCGUAAACAAUGCUGUUCCCGGCACAAUGACCGACUUCCUCCAUGAAAACAAUGCCUGCGGACAGAAUCUUCUCAACAUAGUGUCCGUGGGCAACUCCAUAAUAGCUGAGAUUCUUCGGCUUAAGGACUACGUUCCCAGCAUAUACAGAUUGGAUACAAAGGCAGAUAAGGCGAAAUAUGGGGAGGUCAUUGUGGACUUUAGCUACUUCAAGGUGGCCGAGGAGCACGAGAAGAAAAUUGAGCAGAACCAAGGGCUCACCGAGGUGGACGACGAGGUGCGCACCCACUUGCCGUUGAUCACCCGGUUCUACCUGGCCUUCCAGAGUAUCCACCACUAUGCCACCGAUCUGAAGCAGUACAUCGAAGAGCUGAACAGCGGCUACUACAUCCAGCAGACCCUGGAGACGGUGCUGCAGGACGAAGAGGGUCGUCAGCUUUUGUGCGAGUCCUUGUACCUGUUUGGGGUGAUACUACUCCUCCUAGACUUUCAUCUCCCUGGCGACGUGCGGGAGCGUCUGUUGAUUUCCUAUUAUCGCUACAGCGGAGGAGAGUCAACGCCGGGCGGCGACGAGAGCAACAUCCACGAUGUGUGUCUGCUGUUGAGGUCUACGGGAUACGUGCAUCCUGCCCAGGCAUCGCAGAUCCUUGCUCCUCUUACUGGCAAACAGGCGACGGCAACUGCCGAAAAGCUAUCUGUUCCCAAAUACCCAGAGGCCUACUUCUCUCGUUUUCGAUUCGAUGAUGACUUUGUGGAUCUGGUGGUGGCCCGAAUUCGCUGCGACGACAUCUACAACCAGCUAACGCUCUACCCACAUCCCGCCCACCGGUCUACGGCGCUGUCAACGCAAGCCGCCAUGCUGUACGUGUGCCUUUACUUCUGCCCCAAGGUCCUGCACUCCCAGGGAUCCCAAAUGCGCGAGAUCGUUGACAAGUUCUUCUGCGACAACUGGUGUUUGUCUGUCUACAUGGGUGUCACAGUGAACCUAGUGGAUGCCUGGCAGGACUUCCCCGCAGCCCGGUCCGCCUUGAGCAACAUUAUCAGCCGGGAAACCAUCAAGUUCCUAUGCCAGCAGCAGAACGAACAGCUGGCUAAGAUUCAUCAGAGGACCCAGGACAUCUGCCAAGAGGGUGUCCUGUGCGAUGAUUUUGUUUUGGAACACGCCAACAAGAUAAUCCUGCUGAUGCGGCAAUCGAAUGUUCUACUUCGCUGGUACAGCCUACACACCUCCAAGGAGGUCUUUGUCUUCCACCAUACCACUGGUGCGGCUGAAAAGAUCUAUCAACUCCUCCUGGAAGAGCUCCAGUUUGAUCGAAAGGCUCUGUACCAACUGAUGAUCAACUGCAGCCAAAUGGAGCUCAGAGUCAAGGAGCUGCUGACGGAGAUUCUCCAAAGCAGGGAUAGUCGCUGGGUGAAGUGCCGGGAGGAGGCUGUGCAGCGAGUGCUGGAACUAAGUGAAGCCUUCGAUGGCUCCAGACCGCUGGCCAAGAUCGAGCCGAAUACUCAGUUGCAGCAAUGGUUUGGAGAAGUGGCAGCGCGACUGAAGAAAUUGGAGCUGAGCCGGGCACAGAAGUCGGGAAGAAUGAUUAUACAGGUGAUGCAGGCCCUGGACGAGGUGCAGGAGUAUCACAAUCUCCACGCCAAUAUGCUGGUCAAGCAGCAGCUUCAGGAGACGAGGGACAUGCUGAACAGGAUGGCCCAGAUAAUCUACCUUAAAGAAGACAUCGAGAUACACAUCCAAAUGAUCUCGGACUUCAGCUACGCCUGGCAUCUCCUCCGACAGGACUUCAUGCCAAUAAUGCAGGACCACAUUAAGAGACAACCGCAUGCAGUGAUCGAUAUUCGGGCGAUAUUCCUGAAGCUGGCCAGCACUCUGGAGGUGCCGCUGAUGAGGAUCAAUCAGGCGAGGAGCGAAGACCUGGCCUCCGUCUCCAAUUACUACAGCACUGAGCUGGCCAACUUUCUGCGAAAUGUGUUGCAAAUCGUUCCAGAAACCAUGUUCAGCAUUCUGGCGGAUAUAAUCCACCUGCUGACGAAUGUGAUCAAAGAGUUUCCCACCCGCGUGGAGAAGGAGAAGCUCAAGGAGUAUGCCCAGUUUGAGGAGAGAGCCAAGGUGGCUCAGCUGACCAACUCUAUUGCUGUCUUCACCAAAGGAAUCCUCAUGAUGAAGACCACCCUGGUUGGUGUGCUCAAACUUGAUCCGAAACAGCUGCUGGAGGACGGAAUACGCAAGGAGCUGGUCAACCACUUGGCCGAGGCCUACAACUUGGGAUUGGUAUUUGCGCCCGAAAAAGGAAAGUCUCCCGUUCAGCUCCUUCAACAGAAGCUGGAAGCUCUGGGCAAGACAAUCGAAGGGUAUCGUAGAUCCUUCGAGUACAUUGAGGACUAUCUAAGGGUCCAGGGCUUGCGCAUCCUGCUGGAGGAGACGCAGCGCAUCAUCAACUACAAUGUGGAGAAGGAGUGCAAUGCCUUUUUGAAGAACAAAGUUCAGGAGUGGCAAUCGGAAUACCAAAGCCAGAUCAUCCCCAUUCCCAACUUUCCACCACUGCAGGGAGAUUCCUCCAAUUCCAACAACUUCAUUGGUCGCCUCGCUCACGAGAUCCUGCGCUGCACUGAGCCAAAGAACACCAUAUACCUGAGUCUCAAAAACACGUGGUACGAGAAGAAGGGCUCUCACUCGAAAAUCUUAGCUGGAUCCGACUUCUUUGGAAUGCUCCGGGAGGCUCUCGCUCCGGCUGGAAUGGUGGGGCUGGAGCGUCUUUAUGCGCACAUGUUGGCUGAUGAUCUGAGGCGCAAUCUGGAGCGACUGCAGCGAAAUCUCACCACGGAUCGUAUGUGGGUGGAUGCCAUGGCUAGUUUAACCAAGGAACUGGAGGCCCGGGAUUUUCCACCGCCCGAGGUGGCCAAACAGCCACUGAAGUAUUACCAGGGUUACACCCAAAGGUGGCUCAAAGUGUGGCCAACGCUCUUGGAUUGGGUUCUCUCCAUGGGACAGAAGCAGUUGCUGCGACAGCAGAUCGCCGGGGAACUGAACUUCAGCAGCAAGUGUGAAGCCAAGCUGCUGGCCAACACGGCCGACACAAUGAACCGCGCCCUUAUGCUUGAACUGUCGCUUGGAAAUCAUCUCUGCAAUGAAGAGGGUGUCAGUAUGCUAACUGAACUGCAGGACAUCCUGCUCUACACGGGAAACUACGAGCCCCUGGAACAGGUCUUCCUUGUCACCAAAAACACCCACAGCGUGUCUCUGUUCCUGUUCCUCUUUACGAUCGCCCACCUGGGGCGUCUGCAACAUUCCCCAAAUGUUGAUUGCCUGCUCCCCAAGACGGCCAAGGAUGCGAUCGAUUGUGUGCCUUUCAUUGUGGGACUGCUAACGAUCCUCCAGCAAUUCCACAUGAACGUGAAAAUGCUCUACAUCUCCUACAUGAGCCAGUAUGUGGUGACGGUAUCGGAAGCUCAGUUAACGGACAAUAAAGUUCUGGGUCCGGAUGUGGUCACCAGCCUGCACUUUCUGCAAGAAUUCAUACACAUCGCUGGACUACCACUGAAGGUACUGCAGCAGCGCAUUCCCAACAUUCUGCUCAGCGAGUUCGAGUAUAUGGCCACGCCAUUUAAGUAAUGAAGACCAAGAUCCACCUGGUUGGGCUACACAAACUUUAAUAAAUCGGAAACAUAACAAGGAAA